AUGAGCAGUGUAGUGAUUGACCAAGCCUGGAUUGUUAUGGGAGAUUUGAAUUCUUCUAGAUUCCAUGAGGAAAAGAUGGGUGGGAGUGGGAGAAGCCAUAAUACUGACCUCCACCAAUGCUUGUUAGAUAUAGAUCUGUUUGACCUCCCUUUUAAGGGCCCGCUCUAUACUUGGUCCAACCGCAGAGAUAGUGAGCAGAUUAUUGCCAGGAAGCUUGACAGAGUGUUGGUUAAUGACAGUUGGCUUGCUACCUUCCCGAACUCUGAAGCAGACUUCACAGGGCCAGGUCUUUCUGAUCAUACCCGGGGGAUAGUUACCAUCAGGCAGAAGUUGGUCACAGGGAAGAAGCCUUUCCUUUUUUUUAAUUUAUGGACCUCCCACGAAGAGUUUGCCCCUUUGGUUGAGCAAGUUUUGAGUACUCCAGUGGAGGGCUUUAGCCCACCUAUGUUCAGGCUGUGCACCAAGCUGAAAGGUCUCAAGCCUGAAUUGAAGAUCUUUAAUUCCAAACACUAUGGUAGCAUCAACUCUAAGGUUGCCCAAGCUAGAGAGGACCUUACUAGAUUGCAGUUACUCCACUUGCAGGAUCCUUCCAACUCUGACCUAGCUAAUGCGGAAAAAGAGAGUUUGAAAGUGGUGAGGGCUAGGCAGUCCAAGAACAGAUUGUUGAGUGUUUACAAUGCCGAGGGGGAUAAGUUUACAGACCAUAAAGCUGUUAGUCAAGAGGCUGUCUCCUUUUUCCAGCAUCUUUUUGGUGGUGACCCUACUUUGGAAAGGGUGGCAGAGAUUCGAGGGAUUUUUUAUUUCACCUUUUCCCAGGAGGACGGAUGCCUUUUGUCCCUUCCCGUAGAAGCAGAGGAAAUGAAAAGAACUAUGUUCUCCCUUAACAGUAACAAGGCCCCGGGCCCUGAUGGGUAUUCUGCCCACUUCUUCAAAAGUGCUUGGGAGAUUGUGAGUCAGGAUGUGAUAGAAGCCGUAAAGUCUUUCUUUGCUUCAGGCAAGCUUCUAAGGGAAGUUAACUCCACUAUCAUGGUUUUGGUACCUAAAGUGCCUAAUCCUACAGUCAUGGGAGAUUUUCGGCCUAUUUCCUGCUGCAAUACGAUCUAUAAGUGUAUUACCAAGUUGAUUGCUAAUAGGAUCAAAGGCUUGCUUCCCAAGAUCAUUAGCCCCACCCAGUCUGCUUUUGUUGAAGGGAGGAAGAUUAAAGAGAAUGUCCUUUUGGCUCAGGAACUUCUUAUAAACUACCACAGGAAGACAGGGAAGCCUCGGUGUGCCAUCAAAAUGGAUUUGAAGAAAGCCUACGACUCAGUGCAUUGGGAUUUCAUUCUGGGGAUUUUGAAAGCUGUUGACCUUCUUGCCCAUCUGAUUGAAUGCAUUGCGGCUUGUAUCACCACCCCCAAGUUCUCGGUCUCCAUCAAUGGGGGGCUUGAGGGCUAUUUCUCCGGAGGGAAGGGGCUGAGACAAGGGGAUCCACUUUCCCCCUAUCUGUUUGUUCUUGCUAUGGAAGUCUUUUCCAGGAUCCUUGUCAAAGCUUCUAGUAAUGGAGGGUUCUCUCACCACCCGAGAUGUGCUAAGCUGGAUUUGACUCACCUUUGUUUUGCUGAUGAUCUCCUGUUAUUCUGCCAAGGAGAUCUCCAAUCCAAAUCAGCCUCUGUCAUUAAAGAGAGUUUUGAUUCCUUUUCUGCUCUCUCAGGGCUCUCCGAGCGCCUGACAAAAACAAAUUUUUCAGUGCUGGGAUGGAUGAAGAUACUAAGCACAAUGUUGAGAACCUUUUUGGCUUCAAAGAAGGGACCUUGCCCAUCAAGUUUCUUGGAGUGCCCCUUAUUUCUACUAGACUCACAGCCAGAGACUGUAGGCCUCUCAUUGAUAAGAUUACCAACAGGGUUGAAUCUUGGACUAGCAAACGGCUUUCCUAUGCGGGUAGACUUCAGCUCAUCAGAUCAGUGUUGUUCAGUAUUCAGGUCUACUGGAGUAGCAUUUUCAUUUUGCCGAAGGAGGUGUGCAAGGUUAUUGACCAGAUCCUCAGAUCUUUCCUCUGGCAUGGUGCAGUUGGGAUCUCUAAGGCUGCCAAGGUGGCUUGGAACGUGGUCUGCCUCCCGAGAGAGGAAGGAGGGCUUUCCUUCUUAG